AUGCCCCCCGCAGCUUCUUUCUUCCCCCAAAUCUGGAGCCUCCUGGCCACCCUGGGCUCCAUCACCCACCAGCACCUGACGGAGGAGGUGGCCCUCAGUGUCACCCUGCAGCUUUUCCUGGAGCAGCAGCCCCCAGGGCAGCCCCCACUUCGUCUUGAGGACUUCCUGGGCUGCACCCUCCUCACCAACGACCUCUUUGCUGCCUACUCGGGACCUGGGUUUCCUUCUCAGCCGCUCCGAGCAGCCUUAGGUGAGGUGUCUCGGGCCAACGCAGCCCAGGACUUCCUGCCAACAUCCAGGAACGACCCUGACCUGCACUUCGAUGCCGAGCGGCUGGACCAGGGGCUCAUGCAACUGGCGGGGGCUCUCCGGGGGGCUAUGGGGGCGGCCAGAGCCCUGGAGCACACCCUGGCCCGUCAGUGCCUCAGCGCCGCGCUUCAUGCUUUGCAGGAUUUCGACAGUCACAGCAACUGGGUGGACCUGGGGCGGCAGCAGCCAUACCCUCAGCUCCUCUGGCCGUCGCAGGAGCUCGGGAGCCUGGCACGAGUAGGCGAUCCUACCUGCUCUGAUUGUGAGGAGUUGCGCUGCCCUGGGAAUUUGCUGGGCUUUACACUCCUCACGUCUGGCCACCUUGGAGCUCAUCCCUCCAAACCUCCAGAGAAAUGUAGCCAUGGGGGCUGUUUUGACUGGAGGAGCUCCCAGCCACCACGGGGCGGCAUCAACAAGGAUAGCACAUCCCCGGGCUUCUCUCCCCACCACAUGCUACACCUCCAGGCAGCAAAACUGGCCCUUCCGGCCUCCAUCCCCUUCAGUCUCCUGCGAAACCGCCUGGGAGACAGGGGUUUCUCCCGGCUGCUGGACAUCAGCCCAGCCUCCAGCCUGAGCUUUGUCCUGGACACCACGGGCAGUAUGGGUGAGGAGAUCAAUGCUGCCAAAAUCCAGGCUUGCCACAUCGUGGAACAGCGACGGGGCCGCCCCAUGGAGCCUGUCCACUACGUCCUGGUGCCUUUCCAAGAUCUGGAGUUUGGCCCUGUCUUUACAACCAGUGACCCUGACAGCUUCUGGCAACAACUCAAUGAGAUCCGCCUUGGGGGUGGAGAUGAGCCUGAGAUGUGCCUGUCAGCCCUGGAGCCGGCUCUGCUGCACACCCCUCCACUCUCAGACAUCUUUGUCUUCACGGACGCCUCCCCCAAGGACGCCGUGCUCGCCAGCCGGGUGGAAUCUUUGACUCAGGAGUGGCGCUGCAGAGUGACAUUCCUAGUGACUGAAGACCCAUUGAGGGUUCGGGGCUGAGCUCGGCGUGAGGUCUUGUCCCCUCUGCGUUUUGAGCCGUGUGAAGCAGUGGCCCUGGCCUCAGGAGGAGAGGUCAUCUUCACCAAAGACCAGCACAUUCAGGAUGUGGCCGCCAUUGUUGGGGACAGCAUGGAUGACCUGGUUACCCUUCCCCUGGAACCUCCUGUUGUGGUGUCUGGGAGGCCACUUGUGUUCAGUGUGGAUGUGCUGCUCCAGAGGGUCACAGUUCAGAUCCACAGGGAGGUCAGCAGCUUCUAGAUCAGGAACCCUGCAGGGGUCUCCCAGGGCCAGGAGGAAGGCGAGGGGCCUCUAGGUCACACGCGCCGCUUUGGGCUCUGCAUAGUUACCAUGAAUGACCCCCCACAGACAGGGACCUGGGAGAUCUGGGUCACAGCUGAAGAUGCGCCCCAGGUGAGAGUGCAAGCUCAGACAUCCCUGGACUUCCUCUUCUACUUUCGGAUUCCCAUGGAGGAUGGCCCCCACCCUGGCCUCUACCCCCUGACUCAGCCAGUUGCAGGCCUCCAGACCCAGCUGCUGGUAGAGGCGACAGGGCUGGGCUCCAGAGGCAACCCCGGAGAUCCUCGGCCGCAUUUCUCCCACGUCGUCCUUCGAGGGGUCCCGGAGGGUGCCGAGCGGGGUCGGGUGCCUCUGGAGCCCACGGGACCGCGGGAGCGAGGUGUCCUCGCGGCCUCGCUCCCGCCCGCGCUUCUGUCCACCGCGGGACCCUUCUCUCUGGAGCUGGUCGGCCUGGACGGAGAGGGGCGGGGCCCGCACCGAGCGGCCCCCCAGCCCUGCACCGUGGUCCCGGUGCUUCUGGAGCGGCCCCCGGGGUUCCUGGCCCCGGGCAGCAAAGCCAGGCUCAGCCUCCGCAUCGCCAGCUUCUCGGGCCCUCAGGAUCUCGACCUUAGGCCAUCUGUCAGCCCCAGCUUCCCUCUCACCUCCAACCUCUCCAGGGUUCGCCUGGAACCGAAUGAGUCCGCCUGGGGACGCCUAUGGUUGGAGGUCCCGGACUCAGCCGCGCCAGACUCCGUAGUGACAGUGACUGUGACCACGACAGGUCGCGAGGCCAGCCCAGUGCCCCCGACCCACGCCUUCCUCCGGCUCCUGGUGCUGGGCCCAGCCCCGCAGGACCCGCUAGCCGCCCCUGCCCACUCAUCUGGCCCCAUCCUCGCCUCAACCAGCCCUGCCUCCACUUUGGUGACUCGGGGAGGGCCGGGGGGAGGGCGGGCGGGCAGCCCCUGGUGGGGCACAGUUGGAGGGGUGCUGCUUCUGCUAGGCCUGGCCUCCUGGUGA